UGAAGGAGAUCAUUAAUACUCUUUAUGAAGAGUAUGUUGCUAAAUCAAUCAACCAAGGAAUUUUUACAAGUCCGGCAGGUUCUUCAAUGGCUUUUGAGAGCCAAGUCAGCCACCAAAGUUCUACACAUACUUGGGAUGAUUUUGAUGCAUAUUGUGCACAAGUUGAGACUGCAGAACCUAAAAGAUCAGAGUUAGUGGACUAUUUAGAAAAAGGGCGUCUUAAAAAGAAUGAGCUUCCUAGUGACUUUUCUUGUUUGGACUGGUGGAAGAUGAAUAGAAUGCAGUAUCCAAUACUGUCAAGAAUGGCGGCAGAUAUUUUAGCUAUACCUGUUACUAGUGUGGCUUCAGAAGCAACGUUUAGUGCUGGAACAAGGGUAAUUGAUUCUUAUCGUGCAUCAUUGUUACCGGAAACAGUACAAGCUUUACUUUGUGGGGGUGAUUGGCUUCGACAUAUACACGGAGUUACCAAAAAUAAAAAAGAUAAAUCGUACCAAGAAAUUUAUCUACCUUUAUCCAACUCAUGAAAGUACGAUGAAGACUUGUAGUUGAUGUGGAAUUGUCAGCUUGUAUGGACUAUUGAGUACUUUGAACUAUGCAGUUUGGACUUAUGAUGUAUUAUUAGUAAUGUAUGAGUACAAAAAUUAUUAUUAUUAUUUGAUGCAUCAUGCAUGUAGUUAAUUAAGUCAAAUUCGAGCUCCAACACGAGCUCGAACUCGAGCCAUGACGAGUCGAUAUUCGGCUCGAGCUCGAGCUCGAGUUCGAACAGUCGAGCCAAUCGAGCCGAGCUCGAGCUGCUCGAAAAUAAGACGAGCCGAGCUCGAGCUUCAUUUUUUGAGCUCGAUCGAACUCGAGCCGAGCUCGAGCUCUCAUGUUUCGAGUCGA